CGUCACAAAUCCGCAACAAUCUUUCUCGCAGAAUUGUUGCGACUUCUAGAAUGGCAGAACCACCCCAUAAGCGCGCGCGCCGGCCUGAUAGCAAGCAGAUGUGGGAGGAGUCCGAUCGCCGCGCACCUAUUCCGAGCCGCGAGCGCGAUGAACCUCGAGAGCGAGAUAGGGACAGGCGGGGGGAUUAUGACAGACGCGACGAUCGAGAUCGAGACCGAAAUCGCAGAUACAGGAGCAGGUCACCGCAUGACUCGAGGGGUGGGCGCGAUCGAGACAGAGAUCGGGGCGGAAGAGAGCGAGAGAGGGAUGGGCGAGGAGGUGGCAGAGGGAGAGACGAUAGAGACGCCGAGAAAGACGGUGGCAGAUAUGGACGAGGGGCUAGGAAAGAUGAAGGCCGAGGUGGAAGAGAGAGAAAUUCUGACAGAGUCGGUGGACGAGAUAUGAGGGACAAACCUAGAGAACGAUCGAGAUCGAGAGAUAGACCUCGGGAUUCGAAAAGAGAUACUAGAAGCAGAAGUCCGCGACGAGAGAGGGAACGAGAAGUCAAGAGUACCAGAGAUGCCGAGAAAGAUAUACCCAAGCCAAAGGUUGACGAUGACUUCACGAAAGACAGGACUGCUACACCACCCGUCAGCUUUAAGGUUGGUGGACAAGAUCAUGAUCGAAUGGAUGUCGAUGGAGCCCAGCCUAAGAAAGGAGCUGGUAAGGAUAAGAAGGAGAAAAUCCAGGAGGAAAUUGAAGACGACGAAGAGAUUGUGAUUGAGGAUGAUGGUAUGGCUGCUAUGCAAGCAAUGAUGGGUUUUGGUGGCUUUGGGACUACCCACCAGCAGAAAGUCGAAGGGAAUAAUGUUGGAGCUGUCAGAAAGGAGAAGCGGACGGAGUACCGGCAGUACAUGAAUCGUGUUGGAGGGUUCAACAGGCCAUUGAGUCCGAGUAGAGACUAACGAGGUAUGUCUCGCAAUUAGUUGGCAGAUCUUUGAGUUGAAGCUCCUCAUAUCUGCCAAUAUCUGGCCAACAACUGGAGAAGCUCUUGUGACAAGCGUAUCCGGACUUCACUUAGGUAAUACUACUGUCCAGAAUACCUAUGAAAGACAACUCGAGCCACAUAUCAUGCAAUUGGGCAGACUUUGAAAUACGUAAGAUGAACA